AUGGGUAGCGGCGACGGCCAGAUCCAUUUUCGCGACGGCAUCGCGAUUUUUCAAGUUGUGCUCUUCGCGGUCUCUUUCUUCGUCGGAUAUUACUUUCGCUGGACACGUCGAAUAUGCUGGUUCACUCUCGGCGGGUUUUCACUCAUACGGUGCGUGGGAGCUGGAUGCAUGCUCGGUACCGUGAACCGCGACUCUAGCGGACUAUGGGCCGGAGUAUUUGUCUGCGAGAGCCUGGGAGUGCUGCUCUUGAUCUUUGCAUUAUUCGAAAUGCUGGGCAGAAUAGAUAAAACAGCACAUGUCGUUCACGAACGAGUCUUCUGGAUCCCACAGAUCUUGACCUGGAUUGAUAUCGGCAUUUCUAUUGGUGGAUUUGUCAUCGUCACGAAGAAAGAGCACAACAAACUCCUGCCUACACCUUGGUCUCGCGCCGGUAUCGCUAUUCUCUUUUUGAUCUACCUCUACACUCUAGGUGUAUGGGUAUACUUUUGGACGCAGCGACACCGAUACGAUGCGGAAGACUACACGCUAGCUAUCUGCGCAGGGAUUGGGCUUCCCUUUCUCUUUGUCCGCGUCCUGUACAGUCUGAUCUUCGUCAUUACUGCAGACAUGAUGUGGAAUGCAGUGAAAGGCAGCCCGGUGGCGUAUUUGCUUAUGACGAUGCUCCCAGAGGUGGCAUUUGUGACAGUCUGCUGCUUUUCGGUCCUGAAAACCCCGCCUGAAAAUGUCAAGGAAAGCAACACGAAGUUUCAGCUGCGUAGGGAGGGAUAG